AUGCCCAUCCCCUUUGCCGGAGCGCCUGCGUUCCGAUUCACCUCCAAGGUCACUCUCUCUAAUGUGGGGCCCAGGCCGCUCAGGAAAUGGGCGCUGUCGUUUGGGUAUGUGAAUCAGGAGGCAAUUGGGGAGGUGGACGGGGCGGUUGUUCCUGCGGGCGUGCAGCUGCCAGUAGCAGGUGAGCUCAUAGCGAGUACAUUCAUACAUACUCAGAGGAAAUGGGCGCUCUCGUUUGGGUAUGUGAAUCAGGAGGCGAUUGGGGAGGUGGACGGGGCGGUUGUUCCUGCGGGCAUGCAGCUGCCAGUAGCAGGCAACGGUCUCGAGCUCUCUAGUCCGCCAGGGGCCGCAUUCCUGCUCACAGCCGUCCAAUCAGGGGGCGACAAGCGGCGCUACCAGCACGUGGUACAGCUGGCGGGCACGGAGGUCGCUGCCACGUCAGCAGCAGCCGCACUGCCCAGGACCAUCUCCCUAGAUGCUACUGGGUUUACCUGCAGCGACAAACCCAUGCUCUCAGGUCGCAAUGACACCCUCCGCGUUUGCUGCGCUUCUACUGGCCCUUCCCAGGAGACGCAAGUGGCGCCACUGCCACUACCAACGCUACCCAUAUCCAGCCAGGGGCUGCAAAUCCAGUGGGACGUGCUGAGUGCAAAUUCAUCACAAUACACUGUGGCGGUGCGAGUGAGCAACACACAGCGCUACACUGCAGUCAGCAGCGACCCCGGGUGGUCCCUGCAGUGGGCAUGGCAGAUGGGCGAAAUGAUCCUCGAGUGCGAUGGCUGCCAGACGCUAAGGCAAGGAGACUGCAUCACAUGCCCGGCGUGCAUUGACAAAUCAUCCAUCACCAACCCCUACUCCUGCGAUUCCAUCCCAACCAUCGUUGAUGGAUCCCCCCUGAACGGAUCCCUGUCAGCAGCAGCAUAUGACAACUCGUCCUCCUCCACGACCUUCACCAUGCUUCUGGCCAAGGCGCAGCAGUACUGGGACCCUUCGCUGCUCACCUUCCCUGCCAACUUCACGGCACAAGUGUCAAACCAGUCGCAGGGAUUUGCGUGCGACCCCCCUGCUGCUCUCUCCCCUGCGGCGCUUGAGACCGUGGUGGGCGGCAGACAAACCAUGAACGCCAAAGCCUCUUAUGUCGUGACAUGUGGCACGGUGGCGGGAAGCGGGCCCCUUCCAACGUGCUCUGUUUCAGCCUCUGCCUUCUUCAACUCAUCGCUCGCCCCCAGCCCCUCCUGCGCCUGCGGCUGCUCCUCCUCCAACACCAGCCAGGGCGGCGGCCAAUGCGAUGCCACCACGUCAGCAAGCACGGAUCCCGCUGCGACCGUGCUAUUGGGCGAGGACCUGGCAGGGCUGGUGGUGCCGGGGCAGAGUCCUGGCGGGUCUGGUGGUGCUGGGGCAGGGCGAGGGGGUGAGUGGAUGGAGAAAAAGGAUGAUGGUAUGAGUGGAGGAGAGGGGGCGGGGGGAAGAGUGGAAGAGGGGAAGAGGGCAAUGAAGACCUGGGGAGGCUGGUGGUACUGGGGCAGUCAGGGGGUGAGUACUUGGAAGAAUAGGAAGAUGGUAUUUGGUAAAGGAGAGGGGAAGAGGGGAGUGAGGACCUGGUAG